AUGCCUAUUCAAGACCGCACAAACGAGUUUAGAGCUUGCGUCGAGUCCAUACGGAGUCGGUCCAUCGCACCCACCCGCGCUGCAGAGCAGCGACAACGACUAUUACGACAGCGGGGGAAAGAAAAUGUAAAAAGCGAGUUCACUCGCAUGGCAACUGCCAUUGGGAAGGAUAUCAGUGCUACGGCACUAAAGCUGAACAAAUUAGCACAACUUGCGAAGCGAAAGACACUGUUUGAUGAUAGACCUGUGGAAAUCAGCGAACUCACGUACAUCAUCAAACAAGACACUGCCGGGAUCAACAAGCAAAUUGCUACACUACAAGCAUACUUGAAGCAGCGACAAGUGCAGAGUGGGAAGAACCCUGCGAACAAGCAGAUUGAUGAGCAUAAUACGAAUGUCGUCAUGUCUUUACAGAGUAAGCUCGCGUCGACGAGCAUGGCUUUCAAGGAUGUCUUGGAAAUUCGAACGCAGAAUAUGAAGGAGUCGAAGGAUCGGACGGAGCAGUUCAUGUCCUCGACGUCUGCAGCUGCUGCAAAUCAAGCUCCUGCAAACUCUUUACUAUUCGGUGGUCCUCGAGGGGGAGAUCCAAUGGGUGACGGCAGUGCAUCUCGUCCCGAUUCAAAAGGAAAAGGCCGUGCACGUCCAAAUGGCGACGUAUUAGCAAUGGAUCUCAUGUCCGCCGAGGAAGGCACAGCAGGCUCAAACUCCCAAGGUCCCUUCGCACAAAUGCAGCUCGUACAGCAACAGGAUGACUACAUCCAACAACGAUCUACGGCAAUUGAGAGUAUCGAAGCGACAAUUGCGGAGCUCGGACAGAUCUUUCAGCAAUUAGCGCAUAUGGUGGCGGAGCAACACGAGACGGUGCAGCGAAUUGAUGCGGAUACGAUUGAUAUUGCUAGUAAUGUUGGUGGGGCGCAGAGGGAGUUGUUGAAGUAUUAUGCGAGUAUUUCGAGUAAUCGGUGGUUGAUGUUGAAAGUUUUCGGUGUGCUUAUCGUAUUUUUCUUGGUCUUCAUUCUCGUAUCGUAGACGACGAAUUUGCUCUCCUCGUGUUCCCAUACCCGCCCUUCUUCUCUUUUGUCUUUAUACUGUGUUUGUCUUAUUGUGGAUCUCCUUAUUUUCUCUGUGGACGUUUCGUUACUUAAUCUCGUUGGUCAUUUUCACUCUUUUGUGAACAUAGCAUUAGCGUUAGCAUAGCAUACAUGUUAGACUUUCUGCUUUUCC